AUGUUUCAUAUUUGCCUUAACGAGUCACCAAAAUUUUGGCACCCCCCCAUAAAUUAUAUACGAAAUUUGACUCGAAUAAAUGGAUAUAUAAAAGAAAAAAGCAAAUCCGUUUUUCAUUACAAUAAGUAUAGAAACAUAACAUAUAGUAAUUAUAAUAAAAAUGAAACAAUUGACCAAAAAAUAUUUGAUAAAACCCCAAAACAGUGUCCACCUUGUUUUAUUUUUCGAAAAUAUGGUUAUAUUUGUGAAGGAGAAAAUAUAAAAAUAUGGGGAAGAAUUGCAAAAAAAAAAAAAAAUAUAAGUUCUAGGAAACAUUCAUAUUUAUUAAAUUCAAAAGGUAGAAAAAGAGCAUCAACAAAGAGUAACAAUCGUUAUGUAGAUAAUAUAAAAUGUGAAGAUAAUGAAAAUAAUGAAAAUGAUGAAAAUGAUGAAAAUAAUGAAGAUAAUGAAGAUAAUGAAGAUAAUGAAAAUAUAUUUGAAGCCUCAAUUUUACGAAAAAAUAAAGAAAUAAAGAAUAUAAUAAAAACAAAAUUGGAAAACACAAAAAAAGAAGAAAAAUAUGAUAACCCUAUUGGUGAUAUAAAAAAUGGUAAAGAGAAUAACAUAGAAAAAGAAUGUAGUAAAGAUGGAGUUAAAUUUUUAAAUGUUUUAUAUAGACUUAUAAAAAUAUCAAAAAAAAAAAAAAAUAUUAUGAAUGAAAAUAUAGAAAAUGGAUUAAAUAGAAGAAUGUUAUAUUUUAUAAAAAAUGAAAAAGAUAUGAGAAUAAUAUUUUUAUUAUUACACACAUUAAAUAAAUUAGUGUGUAUAAAUAAUUUAAUAAAAGAUAAUUUAAAUGAUGAUAUAUAUAAAAUAACAGACUCAGAAUUAUUAUCAAUAAUACUUCGAAUAUUAGUAAAUUCUUUUUAUCAAGACAAUAAAAUGUUAUCAAAUAUUAUGAACAAAUUAAAAGAAAAUAUUAUAUUAGGUACAUGUAGUACCUUAACUAUUAGUAACAGUUUUUAUUCUUAUUCAAUAUUAUAUAAAAGAAAUAUAAUCGAAUUUGAAAAUAUGCCUUUGCAAGAAAUUAUUCAAAUUAUAUCAAAUUAUUAUACAUGUUUUUCAAAUAUAGAAUUAUGCGAAAUUUUGGAAUCUUUUGGAAUUAUAUUAGCUUCAAAAAAAAGUAAAAAAAUUAAUGAUAAUAUAAAAUCUGAUCAAUUAAGAGAAACUAUUAAAAAAGAUAAAAAUUUUUAUAAAAAUUAUAGUAAAUUAUUUUUGAAUGUAGGAAAUUAUAUUAUAAAUAUGGAUAUAAAAAAAAAUAUAAGUUUUCAUAAUUUAAUAAAAUUAAUAUAUUCUUAUGCUAAGUGUAAAAUAUAUCAUGAAAAAUUAUUUCUUUAUUUAUAUCCAGUUUUAUUGAAAAAUAUAAAAUACUAUAAUGAAGAUAUUAUGAGAAAAAAAGUGUUUGAAAAUUACAAAAUAAAUAAUAAUUGUAAAACAAGUUUAGAUAAAAAUCAGACAGAAAAUGAUAUAAAUAUAGACGAGGGAAAAAAUGAUAAAUUUCUAUCAUUAUAUUUUUUAAUAAAUAAUAAUGAACAAAAUGAAAUAAUAAUGAAUAUGACAAAAAAUGUAACUAAGAUUUUAUAUUCAUAUAGUAAAUUUAAUAUGCAUAUUGAUGAAUUAAAUAAUGAGAUAUUAUUAUUUUUACAAAAUAUGUACAAUUAUAUGGAUUAUGCAGAUUUGUCUCAAUGUCUAAUUUCUUUAACAAAAAUAAAUUGUAAUAUAAAUAUAUUAUUAUCAAAAAUAGAUCACAGCCAUUUUAAUGUUAAUUCAAAUUAUAUAUAUCUUUUUAGAAAUUGUACAUCCAUAGAUUUAAUGAAUUAUUUAUUAAGUUUUAGUCGAAAUUUAUAUAUGAAAAAAGAUGUCUAUAAUAUAUUAGCCGAAUUAUUUAUUAAUAAUAAUAAAAUAUAUACAUUAGAAAAUAUUGAUUUAAUUAAUAUAAUUUAUGCAUAUAGUAAAAUAUAUUAUAUUCAUAAUAAAUUAUUUACAAUUGUUGAUAAUAUUCUUAUUUCAAGACUUGAUAUAAAUCAAAAUUAUUUAUCACCUCAACUUGCAAUUAAAUAUAUAAAUUCAUGUGCAAAAAUAUUAUAUAAAAAUGAUAAUAUUAUAUAUAAAAUUGUAGAAAUUGCACACAAAAAUAAUUUUCAAGAUAUCCAAAUUUUUGAUUUAUUCAAACUUUUAUCAAAUUCAAAAAAAUUAAAUUUAAAUUUCAAAACUUUAGAAAACCAUAUAAAAAUUAUAUCUCCAAAUUUUACCCUGGACUCACCAACUUAUCAAAACUUUUAUUACAAAGCCUCAAAAGAUAUUCAUGUUCGAAAAAAAAAAUGGAUAUGGUAA